GAGGACUGCUGUCUUAGUUUGAUAGCUGAUACUGAUGAAACCCACCGACCUUCAAGCUCUAAGUGUCUGACUUUUCUUUCUUAUAACUCCCAGUAUUUCAUAGUAGCCUUAAAAGACAAGAAAGAUGAGAGCUGGAGUUUGUACUGUGCAACAAGCGUUAACAGCUGAGGCUGCUAGCUUGGUUAAGCAAGCACUUGGGCUAGCUCGACGACGAGGCCAUGCCCAAGUCACUCCUCUUCAUGUAGCUAGUGCCAUGCUUGCAUCUUCCACUGGUCUUCUUCGUAGAGCUUGUCUUCAAUCUCAUUCUCAUCCUCUUCAAUUUAGAGCUUUAGAGCUUUGUUUCAAUGUAGCACUUAAUCGUCUCCCUGCAUCUACUUCUAGUCCUUUAUUAGGUCCUCACCAUCAUCAUCACCAUCAUCAUCAUCCUUCUCUUUCUAAUGCCUUGGUUGCUGCUUUUAAACGUGCUCAAGCUCAUCAACGCCGAGGGUCCAUUGAGAACCAACAACAACCCAUUUUAGCUCUCAAAAUAGAAUUAGAACAUCUCAUAGUCUCUAUCUUGGAUGAUCCUAGUGUUAGUAGGGUUAUGAGGGAAGCUGGUUUCUCUAGCACACAAGUCAAAACCAAAGUUGAACAAACAGUUUCCCUGGAGAUUUCUUCUUCUCCAAAAGAAAACAACACCAAACCCCAGGUUCUUGCUUCUAACCUGUCUCCUUCAAUGCCCCACACACACUCUCAUGACCAAGAUGUAACCAAUGUUUUGAACACAAUAGUUCAUAGAAGGGGAAACACUGUCAUUAUAGGUGAGUCAGUAGCCAUUGCUGAGAGUGUUAUUAGAGGAGUAAUGGAUAAAUUUGAGAAAGGCCAAGUCUCUGGGGAUUUAAGGUACCUUCAGUUCAUAAGUUUCCCACUUCUGUCACUUAGAAACCUUGCUAAACAUGAAGUGGAACAGAAACUUGUAGAGCUUAAAUGUCUUGUCAAAAGUUAUAUGGCUAGAGGGGUUGUCUUAUACUUAGGUGAUCUCAAAUGGGUUUCAGAGUUUUGGUCAACCUAUGGUGAACAAAGAAGAAACUAUUACAGUCCAGUGGAACAUAUAAUCAUGGAACUCAGAAGAUUAGUGAGUGGAACCAAGGAAACAGGCAAAUUGUUCCUUAUGGGAAUUGCAACUUUUAGAACUUAUAUGAAAUGUAAAACAGGCCAAGCUUCUCUUGAGUCAAUUUGGGAACUUUAUCCUCUUACAAUAUCAGCUGACAGCUUAAGCCUAAGUCUUAAUCUUGAAAGCUGUGAUUCUCAAUCUCAAUAUAGAACCAAAGAAUCUAUAGAUUCCAUUAGUUGGCAACUUGGUGAAGUAGAAGCAAAUAAGAAUCAUAGUUCCUUUAGGGAUAGAUUGUUCAACUUUGACAAGAAGGAAGCUCAAAGUACUUCAAGUUUGCCUUCAUGGCUGCAAAACUACAAAGAAGAAAGCAAAAUGAACCCUUCCCAUGAUAAGGAUUCAGUGAAUGUGAAGGAUCUUUACAAGAAAUGGAACUCGUUUAGCAGUGCUUCAACUGAUAAAGAUCCCUGCAACAGUGAAGAAGAAGCUCUUAAUCUAAGUUGGCCAGUCAUUUUUGAAUCUAAAAGUUCACCUAAAGAGCACCAGUUUUGGAUAUCCGAAAAUGAUUCAAAGCCAGACCUCCUCUCGAAUCCGAAUUCGAGCCCAAAUUCGGCUUCUUCGAGUGAGGCGAUGGAGGAGGAUAUCGAUGGUCUUAAUGCAUUCAAGGUUGUUAAUGCUGAAAACAUGAACAUUUUAUGCAAUGCAUUGGAGAAAAAGGUUCCAUGGCAGAAGGAUGUGAUUCCUGAAAUUGUUAGCACCAUUCUCGAAUGCAGGUCAGGGAUGAACAAAGCUAAAAACUGGUUAAAUCAAAGGGAACACAAAGAAGAAACAUGGCUGCUCUUCUUAGGAUCCGACAAUGAAGCCAAACAGAAGAUUGCAAGAGAGUUAGCAAGAAUCAUUUUCGGUUCACAAACCAGCUUUGCUUCCAUAAGUCCGAGCAAUUUCGGACCGGAUUCGAAUGAAGAUUACAAAAGGAAAAGAGAUGAAUCUGGCGGUAACAAUUAUGUUCUUCAAAGAUUUGGUGAAGCAUUGAAUGAGAAUCCUCACAGGGUGUUCUUGAUGGAAGAUACGGAACAGGUUGAUUACUGUUCUAUGAAAAGCAUUAAGCAUGCAAUAGAAACGGGGAAAGUUACAGUUUCAGAUGGUGUUACAGUUCCUGUAAUGGAUGCCAUUGUCAUUUUCAGCUGUGAAAGCUUCAGCUCAUUGUCAAGAGCUUGUUCUUCGAGGAAAAGGCCAAACUGUAAUGACCCAGAAGAGAUCAAAGAACCAGAAAUGGAGCAGGAAAAGAACCCAUCUGUUUCUCUAGACUUAAACAUUGCCAUUGGAGAUAACAGUGAAGAAGACAGUUCAAGAAUUGAUGAUGAAACUGGGAUUCUGAAAUAUGUUGAUAAGCAAAUUAUUUUCAGUGUUAAAGAACAGUAACAGAAGAAGAAGGGGACUAGUUGGCAAAACUCUUUUUUUUUUUUUGCUUUUGUACUUUCAUUUUUGUUGCUUUAAUUUGUGUCUUACUUUUUGUGUGAUAUAUGUGUUUGGAGGGGCAUAGAAAGAAAGAAUCAAACUAACAUGGUUUACAGUGAAAUUAAGGCAUAGGCAUUUAUCAAGGGGUUGGGGUGGACUGGAAUGACAUAUUCAGCAAUGUAGAAAUAGUUACUUAUAAUUAUUUAUGUAUAAUUUUGUAUCUUAGAUCCUGUUAUAGACUCUCUUUUUUCAAUA